AUGAAACCAACUCAAGCUUCCCAGUAUGCGCAUCACCUUGCCAAGAAUCUGGUGUCAUCUGGACGAUCUUCCCCUUCGGAUUCUGACCAACUUGAUGAUUACAUAAUUGGUGAUAGAGUAUUAGUUGGUGGCACCAAACCUGGAAUCAUUCAGUUUCUUGGUGAGACGCGAUUUGCUGCAGGACAAUGGGCAGGUGUAGUCCUGGAUGAACCUGUUGGGAAGAAUGAUGGUUCAGUCGCCGGAGUUAGAUACUUUCAGUGUGAACCUAAAAAAGGAGUAUUUUCCAAAGUUUCUAAGUUGAUAAGAGAACCAGCUGGCGGUGUGAAUGCUGGUAGUCCUAGUCAUCAUAGACCAAGUGGGGCUCCGAGUACUCCACGAAUGGGCACUAAGGUUGGCACUAAGUUACCUCCUUCAGGUAGAGCAACCGGGGAUGCACCUGAUAAUUUAGGGCUGAAGGUUGGAGACAGGGUUUUAGUGAGUGGGACAAAACUUGGUACUCUGAGAUAUGUUGGAACUACCGAGUUUGCUAAAGGUGAAUGGUGUGGGGUGGAAUUAGAUGAUGAACUUGGUAAAAAUGAUGGUGCAGUUGCUGGUACAAGAUAUUUCACUUGUAAAGCAAGACAUGGUCUGUUUGCACCUAUCCACAAAGUGACAAGAGCCAAGGGUAAAGCAGCCAAGCCACCGUCAACACCUAUGGAGUCGACAUCAAAGGAUAAACGCAGUGAUAGUACGAGUUCAGUAAGCUCUGUAAGUUCACUAUCAAGUUUAUCAAGAAGUAUUGGUCAUGGUUCAGUAGAACUGACAUCUCCAAGAGAAAAAGAACUGAAAAAACAGGCUGAGACUGAGCUUGCAGCUUUACGUGCACUUCAUGAAAAGUAUGUCAAGGAUACUGAUGGAAAUCAAGAUUCACUUCGAACGUUAGUUGAGGCUGCUGAUAGAGAAAAAGUUGAACUCUCACAACAGUUAGAAGAAGAAAGACGGAAAGUUGAAGAUCUUCAGUUCCGCCUUGAAGAGGCUGCUAUUAGUAAAGAUGACUUGAAGGCUGCCAGUCAACAAGAAUUACAGCGGAUACACACAUUGGAGGACAGAUUGGUGGAAGAAAAUCAAAGAGCUACAAAACUACAAAUGGAAGUAGAUGGUUUCAAAAAUGUUAUGGAAAACAAAGAUUUCAAGUUGACAGAGUUGGAAAUGGAAGCGUUAACAUAUAUCGAACAAAUUGAAGAUUUACAAAAAAAAUUUAAAGCAGCUGAAGAUAAAAUUCUACUAUUGGAAUCAUCAAAGUUAAAAGACAGUGAACUUGGAGAAGAAAUCAAACAACAUAUAAACAAGAUAAAAGAAUUAGAAUUACAAGUACUUAGUCUAUCUAAUGAUAAAACUGAAGUGCAAACUACGUUAUCUCAAGUGAGAGAAGAGCUUCAAGAUUCGGUGGCUGCCAGAAAGAAACUUGAAUCCACUGUGGAUGGUCUUCAAAGCAAGUUAAAAGGCAGUGAAUCUACAAUGGAGAAUAUGGAUAAAGAGGUCCAUAAUCUGAAAAAUUCACUUUCAGAUCUGCAGCGACAGCUGAAAUCAAGUGAAGAAAAGUGUGAUCUGUUGAGUCAGGACAAAAGUAAACUGGAAUCUGAGAUGUCUGAGAUGAUGAAACAUUCAGGGGAUAGCUCACAACAACUGACUAUAUUAAAUGAACAGCUUAGAGCUAAAGAUAGGAAACUAGAAGAGUUGCAAGAGUCUGUGUCCCAGUCAGCCCAGACUGUUAGUAAAUUAAAUGACACCAUCGUGCAAAACAAAGAACAGUCUGAGAAAGAAGCUGAGAAUACUAAACAAAAACAUCAUCAAAAGUUGCAAGACAUACAAGACGAAUUAGAAAAAGUUCAAGGUGAAUUGCAGAAAGCUAAUAUCAAGAUAGCCAAGCUUGUAGAAAACCAUAGCAAAGAGAGAGAAGACUUGUUACAGGGCAAAGAUAGUGAUAUAGAUGAAUUGAAGAUGAAGCUCCACUCAAAAGAGGAGGAGUUGAAACAGUGGUUCGCUCCAGAGAAUGUUGUUGAAUUAAAAGAAUUAGUAAGAACAAUAUAG